ACUCGACUUCUUUUGAAAAUACGAAACGAAUUAACUAAAGAGAGAGGCCCGAAUGCCUCUAUGGUUUCCAAUUUCGCUGGAUUAUUAUCAAUACUUUCUCUCUUAAGAGGCAGGUAGUUAAUAAGGAGACACCCUAUAAUCUGAACUUCUCUGUUUCAAGAAGAAAACUGCGUCGCAGCCUGAGAAAAGAUAGCAUUCCAUGUGCAGUGGUUCGAAGAGGAAAGAAGCUCAAGUUGGUCUGGAGAUGGAGUAUGAAUCCCAAAAGCUAGAUGGGUCAUUCAAUAACUUCUCUCUUUUGCUUGAAUUGUCCGCCUCAGAUGAUCUGAUUGGGUUCAAGCGUGCUCUCGAGGAGGAGGGUCAUGAUAUCAAUGAGACUGGUUUUUGGUAUGGGAGGAGAAUCGGGUCAAAGUCAAUGGGUUUUGAGGAGAGAACUCCACUUAUGAUUGCUGCCUUGUUUGGCAGCAAAGAUGUGUUGAGUUAUGUGAUUGGAACUGGCUGUGUCGAUGUCAAUAAGGCUUGUGGGUCUGAUGGGGUCACCGCUCUACACUGUGCUGCGGCUGGUGGCUCAGUUUUUGCUGUCGAGGUUGUCAAGGUGUUGCUUGAUGCUUCGGCAGAUGUUAACUCACUUGAUGUCGGUGGCAAUCGACCUGGUGACUUGAUUGCUCCUGUUGUCAAUUCAGAUUUUAAUUCAAGGAAGAGGAAUUUGGAAAUCAUGCUGAAAGGCAGCAGCAUCAGUGAUGAAGAAGAAGCUUUUGAUUUGUCUGAUCAAAUCUUUCAUGGGAUUGAAGGGUUGGAGCAGCAAGAUAUUACAGUUCCACGAGUUUCCAAAGACGGGAGUGAGAAGAAAGAGUAUCCAAUUGAUCUUACUCUCCCAGACAUCAGGAAUGGGAUAUAUGGAACAGAUGACUUCAGGAUGUAUACUUUCAAGAUCAAGCCCUGCUCAAGAGCUUACUCUCAUGAUUGGACUGAGUGCCCUUUUGUUCAUCCAGGGGAAAACGCGAGGCGGCGUGAUCCGAGAAAAUAUCAUUAUAGUUGUGUUCCAUGCCCUGAGUUUCGGAAAGGGAUGUGCAGGCAAGGGGAUGCUUGUGAAUAUGCACAUGGGAUUUUCGAGUGCUGGCUGCAUCCUGCUCAAUAUCGCACCCGUCUGUGUAAGGAUGAGACUAAUUGCAGCAGAAGGGUUUGUUUUUUUGCACACAAACCUGAAGAGCUUCGCUCCCUGUAUGCCUCAAUUGGCUCAGCAGUGCCUUCUCCAAGAUCAUACUCAGCUGGCAAUUCUUCAAUGGACAUGGCUUCGAUAAGCCCACUUGCCCUAGUUUCUCCAUCUGUUAUGAUACCUCCUACUUCAACACCGCCCAUUACUCCAUCUGGAGCUUCUCCACCUAUGGGUGGAAACAUGUGGGAUAACCAGUCAAAUCUUACUCCCCCUAUAUUGCAGCUUCCUGGUAGCAGGUUGAAAUCUGCACUUUGUGCUGGAGACUUGGAUUUAGACCUAGAAUUACUUGGAUGGGAAAGAAGUCGUCGUUGGCAGCAACAGCUGAUCGAUGAGUCAUCUGGCCACUCAUCCCCAUCCAGCUGGAAAAAUAGCGUGUCGAAGGCAUCAUCUUUCGUCGCCUCCUUUGGUGAUCAUAGUGGGGAAUUGAAUAGACUGGGAAUGAAACCAUCUAACCUGGAAGAUAUUUAUGGAUCCCUUGAUCCUGCAAUUUUGCCUCAAUUACAAGGACUCUCACUAGAUGUUGCAGCAUCCCAUUUGCAGUCUCAAACUGGGGUCCAGAUGCGCCAGAGCAUGAACCAUCAGCUCCGGUCAAGCUACCCUACCAGCCUUUCCUCAUCUCCUGGUAGGGCAUCGGCAUCCUUUGGGAUUGAUCCAUCUGGGGCAGCAGCUUUGAGUUCAAGGUCAGCUGCAUUUGCAAAGAGGAGCCAAAGCUUCAUUGAGCGUAGUGCUGUUAACCGUCAUAAUGGAUUUUCUUCACCUGCUUCAUCAGCCAAUGGGAUGCCUUCUAACCUUUCCGAUUGGGGUUCACCUGAUGGCAAAUUGGACUGGGGUAUCCAAGGAGAAGAGCUUAAUAAGCUGCGGAAAUCUGCUUCUUUUGGUUUCCGAAGUGCUGGGGCACAGGCUGCUACAUCAAUUCCUGCAACUUUUGAUGAGCCAGAUGUGUCUUGGGUUCAGUCCUCGGUGAAGGAUGCCCCAUCUUCAAGAGCUGGGCAUUUAGGUUUUGAGGAUCAGCAGCAGCAGUGUCAUCUCGACAAUGGUGGGUCUGAGAUGGUCCCAGUUUGGGUGGAGCAGCUGUACAUGGAGCAGGAGCAAAUGGUGGCUUGACUAGUUAAUCCCCUUUUAGCUCAAAACUUAACCUUUAACCAGUUUUUGCUAUUCUUAAUAUUUGUUAUUAGCAUUCAUCUUUAUUUAGGGGAAAAGGGUAUGCUCCGGGAGAUCAACAGAAGAUGGAUGUGGAGAACAAGACCCAAUUCCAAUGGAAGUAGAGAGACUGAUCAGCUUCCUUUGUUGUUGGAGUUGUACACAUUCUAUGCACUAAAAGCUAUUACAUAAUGAAAUAAAACAUAUUUUGCUCUUUUAUA